GCUACUUAAGUUGCGGCUCGGAUCCACAAGAGACACACAGCGGGGAGCGGCCAUCAGAGAAACACCAUGAAAGUGCAACUGACUUUGCUAGCGAUAUGCAUUUACCUAUGCGCUGCUACAGCUGUGGAUCUGGACUCCAUCCAUGAGAUACGCGGCGAGGUGGAGGAGCUAAUCAAAGGUACGGAAGAGCUGAACCAUGGACUGCAGAAAGUGAAGGACGUGCAGAAGGGCAUUGAAGAGAAGUUCAAGCAUCAGCGCGACGAGAUCGAGCUCAUUGCUGGAUUGGAGGUUGCCAUAGCCAAGCUGGAAUCGAACGUUCAAAGCAGCAUCCAAGCCACGACCUCCGGAGUCGGAAAUUUGACAGCCAUCGUUAACGCAAUCCAGGGUCAGAAUGAAAACUCUAUUAGGAAUCCCACCAAGGUGGAGCUAGAGAUCAGGAGAGCCCUGGGCCAAGUGGCUGCCAAUCAGAACAAAUACGAGCAGAACCUAAAUGAGGUGGCCUCAUCCGUCAACUCGCAUCUGGCGGAGAUUCAGCAGCUGCUAUCGCAGGCCGUCAUAGGGGAACUCAUCGGCUUGGACAACAAGGCGAAGGUCCUCCAGGAUCAACAGCGCAACAUCGUGGGUCAAGUGGGAUAUCUAGGCGAACUUAAGGCUCUGGCAGAUCGUGCCAAUCGUAAAGUCAAUCAAUUGGAGUGGGGUCUGGUCAUUCUCAACCGCACUCAGUCCGAGAGCCUCAACAGCAUCGAGCACACUGUCCAUGGAGUGCAGGUGGCCACCUCCCAGGUCGAUCAUAAACUUGCUGCCCUACUGAACAAUCAGAAGAACAUUGAAAGGUCGCUGGAUGGCUGCAAGCACAAAAACCAGCCACACCAGAAGCCCCACAAGAUCUGGACUCACCCGGAACACGCACAAAUUUACAAGCCAAAACCAGAGGGCAAUCAAGGAUACGAGAGCGGCUAUGCCUCCCAAGAAGAGGCUGAAUCCCUAUACCAACUCUGGUAUGGAAAGGGCCAGUAG